AUGGCCGGCAAGACACGUAUUGAGAUCAACUUUAACAGGUUACUGAGCCAGUGUCAGUGUAUGGCCGAAGACAAAGAGAACAGAGAUUGGCGGUUUGAUAAGUACCUUGGAGCUCUACAGAAUUAUCUAGGAAAUUUGAAGACAUCACAGAGCAAGCCUUCACAGGAAACACUUUUGGAGUAUCAGAAAAAAGUGGAUCUCCUGAAAGGAUUGUCUGAAGCUGAAAAAAAACCCUGUGUUGUUGAGAGAGCACUGAUAACAGAAAGACUAAGGCCUGUGAGCACGAAUUUGAGCAGUGCCCCAGCAAAGCAGUUACAGGCUAAAGCAAAAGCUAAAUGUGAAGAAGAUGUCAGGACAGAGCUGUUUGGGUCGCCUAAGAACUCAGUUUCUAAUGAAGGUCUGCGGGAGAGAAAGAAACCUCAAGAAGAUGAAGACAUAAACACAAUACUACAGCAUCACCACAAGAUCCAGGAGAAGCUUGCAGAAGAGAUGCUUAUGCAUGCUCAAGCUUUGAAGCAGAACAUCACAGAUGCUGGUCGGGUUGUGAGGCAGGACACCAAGAAAAUCAUAGACAGCCAACGUUUGGCCGAUAUUAACAUGAGCAAACUGAAGGUGGAGAGCGAGCGACUUGAAGCCCACACAAAGACAUGCUCAUGGUGGAUCUGGGUUAUGCUGGUUGUGGUCAUCAUGACUUUUAUUUCUAUGGUCUUGUUUAUGAGGAUAUUUUCUAAAUAA